UUUGGGGGAGGAGAUUCGCUUACACACAGGAGCAGAGCAUUGAGCGGCCAUAUCUGCCGCCGCCGCCGCCGCCGCCGCCGCCGCCGCCGCAGCUGUGAAUGCAGCAUCUGCGCUUUGCUGCCUCUGCGCCGCUAAGGCUCGCAUAGCUAUCCCGUGGCCCUUGGCUGGUCUGCCUUACCACCAUCGGUGGGAACAGCACGUUCUGACCUGCCUCCUUCCCUCCUUCUCCGCCGCACCCCGGCUGCUCAGACAUGGAUCUCGGCAGCAGCAGCGACUCAGCUCCCGACUGCUGGGAUCAGGUGGACAUGGAAGCCCCGGGUUCGGCUCCGAGUGGGGAUGGCAUCGCCUCUGCGGCCACGGCAGCGGCCGAGGCAGCAGAAGCGGAGGCCCAGCGCCAGCAUCUCAGCUCGGCCUUCAGCAGUCAGCUCAACAUCCACGCCAAACCUUUCGUGCCUACUAGGGUAAGAGCCGCGGAGUUCGUGCCGUCCUUCCUGCCGGGCUCGGCCCAGCCGCCCGCCCCCACAGCCUCCAGCCGCGACGAAUCCUGCCCCGGCGCCGGAGACCCUCAAGGUAAAAGGCUGGGAUGGGGAGCACCUGUGGAACCUUCCAAAGAUGGACCUUUAGUGUCGUGGGAGGGUUCCAGUUCAGCCGUUACCAUGGAACUUUCAGAACCUGUUGUAGAAAAUGGAGAGGUGGAGAUGGCCCUGGAUGAAUCGUGGGAGCUUAAAGAAGUAAGUGAAGCAAAGCCUGGGGGUUCUUUGGGAGAUUCGGGGCCCCCAGAAGAAAGUGGCAAGGAAAUGAUGGAGGAGAAAGAGGAAAUAAGGAAAUCAAAAUCUAUGGUCAUACCGUCAGGUGCUCCUAAGAAAGAACACGUAAAUGUGGUGUUCAUUGGGCAUGUAGAUGCUGGCAAGUCAACCAUUGGAGGACAAAUAAUGUUUUUGACUGGAAUGGUUGACAGAAGGACACUUGAGAAAUACGAAAGAGAAGCUAAGGAGAAGAAUAGAGAGACUUGGUAUUUGUCCUGGGCCUUAGAUACAAACCAAGAGGAAAGAGACAAGGGUAAAACAGUGGAAGUGGGCCGUGCGUAUUUUGAAACCGAAAAGAAACAUUUCACAAUUUUAGAUGCCCCUGGCCACAAGAGUUUUGUCCCAAAUAUGAUUGGUGGUGCUUCUCAAGCUGAUUUAGCUGUCCUGGUCAUCUCUGCCAGGAAAGGAGAAUUUGAAACUGGAUUUGAAAAAGGUGGACAGACACGAGAGCACGCGAUGUUGGCAAAAACAGCAGGGGUAAAAUACUUAAUAGUGCUAAUUAAUAAAAUGGAUGAUCCUACGGUAGAUUGGAGCAGUGAGCGAUAUGAAGAAUGUAAAGAGAAACUGGUCCCGUUUUUGAAAAAAGUUGGCUUCAGUCCAAAAAAGGACAUUCACUUUAUGCCCUGCUCAGGACUGACGGGAGCAAAUAUUAAAGAGCAGUCAGAUUUCUGCCCUUGGUACACUGGAUUACCAUUUAUUCCAUAUUUGGAUAGUUUGCCAAACUUCAGCAGAUCAGUUGAUGGACCAAUUAGGUUGCCAAUUGUGGAUAAGUACAAGGAUAUGGGCACUGUGGUCCUGGGAAAGCUGGAAUCGGGAUCCAUUUUUAAAGGCCAGCAGCUUGUGAUGAUGCCCAACAAGCACAAUGUGGAGGUUCUAGGAAUAGUUUCUGAUGAUACUGAGACUGAUUUUGUAGCCCCUGGUGAAAACCUCAAAAUCAGACUGAAAGGAAUCGAAGAAGAAGAGAUUCUUCCAGGCUUCAUACUUUGUGAACCUAGUAAUCUUUGCCACUCUGGACGCACAUUUGAUGUUCAGAUUGUGAUCAUUGAGCACAAAUCUAUCAUCUGCCCAGGUUAUAAUGCGGUGCUUCACAUCCAUACUUGUAUUGAGGAAGUUGAGAUAACAGCCUUAAUCUCCUUGGUAGACAAGAAAUCAGGAGAAAAAAGUAAGACACGACCCCGCUUUGUGAAACAAGAUCAAGUGUGUAUUGCUCGAUUAAGGACAGCAGGAACUAUUUGCCUGGAGACAUUUAAAGAUUUUCCUCAGAUGGGUCGUUUUACUUUAAGAGAUGAGGGUAAGACAAUCGCAAUUGGCAAAGUUCUGAAAUUGGUCCCAGAGAAGGACUAAGUGAUUUCAUUGAUGCCUCUGCACCGUAAUGUGCGAAGAUUGACUGCAAUUUACUGCCCAUUGACAGACUUUUGUCCAUAUUUUGCAGAGAAAUUUCACAGCAAAAAUCCAUGUUUUGUCAGCUUUCUCAUGUUGAGACCUCAGUUAUGGCACUCUUGAAUGCAUACUCCAGUUUCUUCCCUCUCCACCACUCUGCUUCCUUGGACAGAUCAGUAAUAGCUUUGUAAGUGACGUGUAUGUAAUUGCCUACAAUACUAAAAAUAAUAUAUUUUAAAUUUUGAUUUCCCUUUGGGAUAUAUAGACAUCAUUUGUUCUGUGCAGAACAAUCAGUGUGUCAGUGUGUAUAUGUUAAUGAAGACAACUAACAUGUAAAUAAAGUGUUCCAUUUGAAACUUCAGUAUUUGAAAUGUGUUUGAAUAAUGCUUGAAUUUAUAUGAAUUACUGUCUCACUAGGUUAUUUUCUCAAGUAAUUAAAUACAUUAUUACUUGGGCUUAAAAAAAAUCUCCACUGUUUGAAAUGAGGAAUUGGUUAAAACCACACAGGUUUGUACUAAAUGAAAACUUUACUAUGAAAAAAACCCUAUCUCAGUGUCCUUUCCAGUUAACUGUGUUUUCUGUGUCCAAGUUCAAUUAGUAAAGGAGUUCUUCUACUUACCCAGUUAUUGUUUGAAAAUGAAGAUUAUCUUUUUUUUUCUCUUCCAUUAGGUCCCAUACGGCCAAAUCACACGUAUUCCUAAGGUUUCAGACUAUAUAUGUUGAAUAGACUCUUAUGUACUCCAUCAUCUUUAACGUACUUUGGUAUCAUUCACUGUGAAAUUUGGGGUGCAGACACAAUAACGGGCACAAUUACUGAAAAGGUAAAUUGUUGAACUAGGACUAUAUGUCAUUUACUAAAACAAAGGACUUGACAUGGGAAAGGAGUCUAUUCCUCAUGGUUGAGGGUUUAUUACAACUGUUCUCCAAACAAAUGCUUGAGGAAAACACCAGUUGUCGAUUCUAAGGUAGUUAGAUUUAUUGCCAGAAGAAUGACUUUAUGACCCUCAGAACUGUCAACAGCUGGAGAAAUUUCUGUCUUGGUAAGUAGGUACUGGCUUAGUGUAAACAUCUUCCCAGUGGGGUGCAGAACCAGUUUCUUUUAGGUACAACUCUGUACUUGGAGUAAGAAACUUCUUUGCUAACCCUCACGUGCAGGCUGGUAGAUGUGGACACUGUGACCACCUGGGCCUCUGCUCAGGUAAUGGCAGUGUCUUUUCCAUGGUCUCUUUCUUUGUGUGCCCAUGAAACUCCUAUCUCAGUGUAUUAGAUCAUUACUGACUGGGUCGGAUUACCAACAGCAUGGCUCUAUUGUGCAUCAUCCACCACAGGUCAUCAGAGCACCCACUUUAGAAAAAGAUUUUAGCUUGUCAUGCUUCAGCUAACCUAAUCCAUAAGGAACCCCAUAUGGUGAUGAACAGUCAUUUAAUCAUGAAUGUCUAUGGAAGGAGUUUUGUUUUAUCUUUUGUCAUUAGGAGUUCCUCUUUUUGGUUGUGUGCUAAACUUCGUACAGCAAUCAGGCCAGUCCAGUACUUGAUAAAAAUUAUACCUUGGCAAUCACUUUAUUGAGAAUGUCCCCCUAGCCGUGUUAGCCCCACUGUGUAACCUUGGCAGGCCUUGAACUUGUGAUCAUCCUGCUUCAGUGUCCUUACUGUUGAAAUUAUAGAUGUAAGCCACCACAUCCAGCUCUUGGCAGUCAUUUAAAACAUUUUUUUAACGUGAUAUUAAUGUCAUAGUAAUUUUAGUAAUUUACCAAUAGCUGUAUAUAUAUAUGUAUUAUAUUCAUAUUAUAUCCACACACACACACAACACACACACUAGCUCUCUCUCUCUCUUUUCUACUAAUUGGCCAAAAGAAAAGCCAGGACAGAACUCUGUUUCUACUUGAUUUGGAUAAUUUUUCAAAAACUGGUUCCUAAAUAUUUGUGUGUGUGUGAGAGAGACAUACACAUAAUAUUCAGAGAAAAUGUCACAAUCUUUUGCAAUUCAGUGAUGAUCCUAUCAUUCAGGAGGUUGGGGACACCAGAGUCUAGCUCUUUUAAGGUAGUGCAUAUGAGCCCAGCAUGGUGACACUGGCUUGCAAUGUAACUACUUGGAAAGCUGAGGCAAGAUGAUGUGUUCAAAGCCAGCUCUCCAACUACACAGUGAGUUUGAGAACAGGCUGAGCUACACAGUGACAGCCUGCCACAGAGAACCACCAGUAGAGAAAGACAUACAGUAAUAUUUCUUUCUAAUUUCUAGGUACUUUAUAGUUGUUAACAUCUAAUAUUUUUCAAUAUUUUAAAUUAGGGCCAUUUGCCAGCACAGCAUUAAUUGGUUUGCCCAGUGCACUGAACUACUUAUAAAGCCAUAAUCAGGGCAGUGCCCUGUUAAGGAAUUUCUGCUAUCUCCAAUUCAUAUUAAGUUAACUUUUUCAUGCUUUAAUUAAGAAUGUCCCUUAUAGGCUCAUGUAUUUGAACCCUUGGUUCUCAGUUGCUGGUGCUGUUUGGGGGAGGAUUGGGAGGUGUGGCCUUGUUGGAGGUAGUAUGCCCUAAGGGGUGAGCUUUGAGUGUUUCCAGUCUCACCCCACUUCCGGUUGCUCUCUCUGCUUCCUGCUUGCAGUCGAGGAUGCACGCUCUCAGCUUCCUGCUCCCGCUGGCUGCCAUGCUUGCUGCUUGCUGCCCUGCUUCCCUGCCAUGGUGAUCGUUUGUCUCUCUGGAACCGUGAGCCUAAAUAAACCCUCCAUUCUGGAGCUACAAUUAAGAGAGUGCCUUGAGUCACAAAAGAGACUUUGGAUGUUGGACUUUUAAGCAGUGUUGGGGCUUUUAAAGCCUGGGGACAUUUGAAAGCUUGACUGAAUGCAGUUCACAUUGUGAUAUGACCAUGAGUCUGUGGAG